AUGUCUUCUGCCGGCCAUGCAUCCUCCAACGCCCUCAUCGAUAAGUUCGAUGGGGACAACUAUUCAACCUGGAGUCGAUAUAUGCGUGGCGUGUUCCUGACAAAGUCAGUGUGGCAUACUGUCAACCGGGAGAGCUCCUCGACGUUCGUGGACCCUCGAGCGCAGGACGACUACGUCAAGACCAACAACAUCGCGUUUGGAAAGAUGUUGCUACACAUGGGCGCAGACUACCACCAUGUGGUCGACAACUGCAAGGAAGCGUGGGUUGCGUGGCAGAGCCUGAAGGUGCUGUACGGUGGAUCCCAGAAAGCGGGAAAGAUCUACCUCAAGCGUCAACUCUUCAGCAUGAAGAUGGAUGAAGGCGCCAUCGUCAUGCAUCACUGCAACGAGGUCCUGAACAUCGCUGCCAAGCUUAGCAGCAUCGGUGCGAAGAUGGACGAUGAGGACGUCGCAAUUUGCCUGCUGCUCAGCCUCCCUAAGAGUUUUGAGAAAACGUUGUUCUUAACUUGGAGAUGA